ACGCGAGAGGUGUCGAGAGAGAGAAAAGACAAGUGAAAAGAAGUUAAAGUACGAGCAGCUAAAAUCCACAAAGAAGCGUUCUAAGACAGCCAGAGAUCUUUCCAAGUACAUUUAAAGCUACUUUAGAGUUUCAAAGCGAUAGGAACUAACUCGCUCUCAGUAGAGAAGGCAAAAUGGCUACCGGCACUGAUCGGCCACGCUCACCACUGGGGAAAAAGAAGAAGGACAUGAAAGGCUCGCUGGUCAUGGCAUCCUUGGCCCAGACACUGGACUCUACCAUGUCUGUCGCUCUCAGGGAACCUGCCCCGCCAGUUAACACAAAGAGCCUCAGACUCCCCGAGCUCCUGGCACCAAAGCCAAGCAGCUCGAGGAGACACUACUCUUAUUCUGACGAUGACACUCCUAGCCCAACUUCACCUACUAGGACAGUAAGAUGGGCACCACACUCUCCUAUAUUCAGUCGCAAGAAGAAGAACAGGCCUCGUGCUCUUAAUGAGAGGAUCAAGAGUGCCAGUUCCUCUCCUGUUCUUGAUGGUGACUCCAUUUCCUCUAACUCUUCUGCUGACGAUGCUAAGCAUAAAGACAGUGUCCCCAUACUCAGGCCAGAGGCAACUCAAGUCGAUUCACUUCCAGGACAGCUCAAGCCUCCUACCUCUUCCUUCCCUUGCACAGUUCCCACCAUCCUUGUCUCACCUGAUCAAGAAGAUUGUGGAGGGAUCUUUAGAAAGACCUCUCAAUCCAGCCAUCUCUCUGCAGCAUCGUCCACCAUAACAUCAGGUGCAGCACUUAGUGUUGGUAGUUUAUUGUCUCCAAGUGGUGAUGAGGAGUCCUGUAUAUCAGACCAAGAGUCGCCCCUCUCUCCUCUCUCUAAUGCAAGCAGCAUCACUGGCAGCAGGGAAUUUGUCUGCCAUCUUGAAGAUGACACCCUCUCCUCUUCUCCCCCUGUCACCGACGGUGAUGACUUUAUAGAGACGGAUUACCCUUCCAGCCCCUCUCAUUACUCUCCUCCAACUCCACAGCAGGUCCUGACUAUACCCACCAAAGAGAAACCUCCUAAACAGAAGAAGAAGAAGUGGUCUGUUAUAAGAAAGGCAGUUGCGUGGUCUCCCUUUGUUCAAGUCUAUCGUAAGAAGUAUCCAUGGGUCCAGCUGGCAGGCCAUCAAGGCAAUUUCAGUCCUGGUGAGGAGAAUGGUACAAUUAUCAAGAAAUCCUCUGCAGACGAAGCCAGGGCUUUGAAAUCUCUAAUGGAUGACGUCGUUAGACCAUAUGUCCCUGAGUUUAGACGAGAAUACACAAGGGACGCAGAAUUGUACAUAGAAAUGGCUGAUCUUCUCAGAGACUUUGACAAUCCCUCUGUAAUGGACAUAAAGAUGGGCACACGUACAUACUUGGAAGAUGAGCUUGCAAAGGCAAGAGUCAAAGAAGUACUCAGACCAGAUAUGUAUGAGAAGAUGAUAGCAGUUGAUCCAGAUGAGCCUACCGAGCAGGAGCAUGCUGCUAAAGCCAUCACUAAACCACGCUACAUGGUCUGGAGGGAGACACUCUCCUCUACUGCUACACUGGGGUUCAGAAUUGAAGGCAUCAAGAUGUCAAAGGACAAGCCAAUGAAAGAGGAGUUCAAGACUGUAAGACGCCGCGAGGAUGUGCGGCAACAUCUUAAGAAAUUCGUAAAGAAACAAGAGCCAAAGAGAAAGAUACUGGAGCAGUUGAAACAGAUGAGAGCCUGCAUAGAAAGAUCAGACUUCUUCAAACAGCACGAGGUUAUUGGAAGCUCUUUAUUAUUUGUGUAUGACUCAAACGACCAGGCCUCCGUCCACAUUAUUGACUUUGGUAAAACCAUCCCUGUUCCAAGUGGCAUUACCCUCAAUCACAAAGAUGAAUGGAAGGAGGGUAAUCACGAAGAUGGCUAUCUCUUCGGCCUUGAUAACUUGAUUGAAAUCUGGGAAACACUAUAAACUAUUCUCUCCCUCUCUCUGUCUUCUCUAGUCUCUCUCUAAUUUUAUUACAUCACAGAACACACACACACAUAUAUAUAUAUCUUGUUAUUAUGUACUAUUUUCCAUAUUCUCAGUUGUUGUGUUUUUUGAUAUUAUUUUUCUUGUUGACUCAUGUUUUCUUUGUUUAAAUCCAUUUUAUUUAAUCAAAAACUUUUCAUUUAUUUAUUAAAUAAAA